AUGAAGAUAUUCGUUUGUUUACUGGCGGCUUGCGCCCUUGCGAAUGCUGGCAUAAUUGGCGGUGGCGGUGGCGGUUGGUCCGGCGGCGGAGGUGGUGGAGGCUGGUCUGGCGGUGGUGGCGGUGGCGGCCAUGGUGGAGGCGGCGGUGUUAAGAUUGUUAAGAUCAUUGAUGCUGGCUCUGGCGGCCAUGGUGGCGGCGGCGGUGGAGGAGGUUGGGGAGGCGGCGGCGGCGGUGGAGGUGGCUGGGGUGGUGGUGGCGGCGGUGGCGGUGCUGAUGUUAAAAUCAUUAAAGUCAUCUCUCAUGGCGGUGGCGGAGGCGGCGGCCACGGUGGUUGGUCCGGUGGUGGCGGCGGCGGCGGUUGGGGAGGCGGUGGUGGUGGUGGCGGUCAUGGCGGAGGUGGUGUCAAAAUCAUCAAAAUCAUCUCAGAAGGCGGUGGCGGCGGCGGCCAUGGGGGUUGGUCCGGUGGCGGCGGCGGUGGUGGCGGUUGGGGUGGCGGUUGGUAA